UCGUAGGGUUUUAGUUCUAACAUACAAGGCCACGACCACGAAACCCCGAAGGCAAACAGAGACGGAGAAAGGAAGACAAAAACCAAUGGAAACGAGAAGGCUAACAGCGGAAUCAACUCCCAUAUUCCAAGAAGGAAUAAGCUUAAUCCUCUCUCGGUGGUCGGCUCUAACCGCCGCCGUCGAAAACGAGUGGGGCGGCCGAGACUCUCGCAUCAAAGCCAACAUGAUCUGCUCCGACGUGUUAUCCUUCUUCACUGAAUCCAACGCCGAGCCGCUUUAUAUAGACGAUUUGGAGAAUGUUUUAGAGGAAGGUUUGCUUAGUCUUAAUACGUUAGUUGAAGAUGGUAGCAUUGAGGAGGUGGCAGAGAAGUUAAUGAUUAUGCAUGAAGAAUGUUUAGAAGGUAACUAUCAAUCUAUUGAAAAACUGAGGACUACGAAUCCUCUACCAGUUGCUCAUGUCAAACCGUUUACCGAGGAUGACGAGGACGACGAUGAAGAUGAUUGCAUGGAUGCGGACAAUGCAACAACUAUGAUGACAGAUGUACCGAAUUCGGAUCUGACCAGUAUGCCAGUAGAUGAGCCAAAACCAAGCCAGGCAGCUGAAGCAGAAGAUGGUUGGGUAGUAGUCUCAUCUAGAAGAAACAAGGGUGGGAGGAAUUAAAUUUAACAUUAUUUAGCAUCUUCGUAUU